AUGGCGCAAGUCCAGGACCAGAGUCAGAGUCAGAGCCAGGUUCGGGUUGAUCUCGGAGGAAAAGGGGCGAUUGUUACGGGUGGUGGAUCAGGAAUCUGUCUGGCUUUCGUCCAGCACCUGUACCGCGCAGGAUGUAACGUCCUGAUCUGCGACCUCGGCCUCCAUCGCGAGGCGGUGGCGUGGCUGGACUCGAUCGGCCAGAGUGGCGGCACCACUUCUACCAAUACCAAAACCGGACAGUCUUCUUCUGCUUCGCCGCGUGUCGCGUUCCUCAAGACCGACGUCUCGGACUGGAAGCAGCUGGAGCAGACGUUUGAGGGCUAUGCCAGCGAAUUUGGUGGCGGUGUGCCGGACGUGGUGUGUCCCGGGGCCGGGGUGUACGAGCCGUCGUUCAACAACUUCUGGAACGACCGCGACGACGACCACUACCAGCUGCUUCGGAUCAAUCUGGAGCACCCGCUCAAGAUGUCGCGCAUCGCGAUCCGCAAGUGGGUGCAGCAACGGAAGCGGGGGGCAACCAUCGUGCACGUGUCGAGCACGGGCGCGCAGAAACCCAGCAUGCUGACGCCGCUGUACGGGGCGGCCAAGCAGGGCGUCAGCAACUUCACGCGCGGCAUGGCGCGGCUGCAGGACCUCGAGGGCAUCCGCGUCGUCGCUGUCGCGCCGGGCCCGACCAUGUCCCCGCUCAUGUACGACCACCCGGAGGCCCUGCGGUUCGUGGACCCGGACAAGGACAAGCUGUCGACCCCCGACGAGAUCGCCCGCGGCAUGAUGGCCGUCGCCUUUGACCGCGACCGCUUCCCGCCGGGGACCGUGCUCGAGGUCACCCACCCGGACCGCUGGAGGGAGGUGUCGUUGCUGAACGACCCGGGGCCUGGUCCCCAUGCCUUCACCAGCAGGAAGGAAGAGGGCAUGGCAGACGUCUAUGCGGCGCUGGACGCCGACAGGAAGAGUGGUUCCGGAUAA